UGGAAGCCUCCAGAAGCCUCAGGAAGCCCGGCCUGCGAGGAGCCUCUCUCCCUUCCCUGGGCAUCCCGGCCCAGCCUGCGGCCGUCAUGAGGCCUCUCUACUUGCUGCUGCUGCUUCUGUGCCUUCUCUUCUCCUACCUGCCCCCAGGUGCUGGCUUCUUUACGGGGAUCGGCCAGAGGUCUGACCAGUACAUCUGUGCCAGGAAAGGAGGCACCUGCAACUUCUCCCCUUGCCCGCUCUUUACCAGGAUCGAUGGCACCUGUUACCGCGGGAAGGCCAAGUGCUGCAUGCGUUGACUCUGAGCUGGACCCGUUGGAGAGAGUGUGUGGAAGUCCAUUGAGUCCAAUGAAGUAUUUGUAAUCGUUGUUUUAAUAAAAGAAGACUUUUUUUUUAAGCAUA